CAGUGUGUCAUAAUGACAGGAAGGUGGCCUCAGCUUUGUCAAAAGGACGACGUGUAAACUUUACGGUGUAAACUUUACGGUGUAAACUUUACAGUGGACAGGUUUUGCAGCCGUAGCAGCGCAGCAGAAAGGAAGUGGCCAGUGGAUUGUCUGCUCCCGUUGCCGAAAGGUUUGUGCAGAAGGGCGCUUGGUCAAAAUGGCUUACAUCAGGCGCUACUCAGACUUGAUGACGCUGCCGGACUCCUUCAUCCAGCGCCAGCAGCUGGACGCCAGCAUGGCCGACACGUUCCUGGAGCACCUCUGCUUGCUGAACAUCGACCAGGAGCCAAUCACAGCCCGCAACACCAACAUCGUCUGCACCAUCGGUCCUGCAUCUCGAUCCAUUCCAAAACUCCAGGAGAUGGUGAAAGCAGGGAUGAAUAUAGCCCGUCUGAAUUUCUCUCAUGGCUCCCAUGAAUACCACGCUGAAACCAUCAAGAACAUCCGCGAGGCCGUGGAGACGAUAACCCCUGACCCUUUGUAUUAUAGGCCCGUUGCCAUCGCCUUGGACACCAAAGGUCCAGAGAUUCGUACGGGACUGGUUAAAGGGAGCGUCGAGGAGGAGGUGCAGCUGGAGAAGGGCGCUCGCGUGCGCGUGGUGACGGCCGAGAGCGAGCGGGACAACACGGACGGCAAAAUCAUCUGGGUGGACUACCCCAGCCUGCCCAAGGUCCUCGAGAAGGGAGGCAGGAUCUACAUCGACGACGGCCUCAUUGGGCUCAAAGUCCUUGAAAAAGGUGGUGACUGGGUGGAGACGGUGGUGGAGGCCGGCGGGACCCUGUGCAGUCGCAAGGGGGUCAACCUCCCCAGCUGCGACUUGAUCGGCCUGCUGGCGGUCAGCGAGCGCGACGAGGGGGACCUGAGGUUCGGCGUGGCCCAGGGCGUGGACAUGGUGUUCGCCAGCUUCAUCCGCUCGGCCCAGGAUGUCAAAGAGGUGCGGCGGGCGCUGGGGGCGCACGGGCGCAGCAUCAAAAUUGUCAGCAAGGUGGAGAGCCGCCAGGGGGUCCAGAAUUUCGAGGAGAUCCUGGCCGAGAGUGACGGCGUGAUGGUUGCCAGGGGCGACCUCGGGAUCGAGAUUCCUGCAGAGAAAGUCUUCAUCGCCCAGAAGAUGAUGAUUGGACGCUGCAACUCAGCCGGGAAGCCCGUGAUUUGUGCCACGCAGAUGCUGGAGAGCAUGGUGGCCCACCCACGGCCCACUAGAGCAGAGGGAAGUGACGUAGCCAACGCCGUGCUGGACGGAGCAGACUGCGUGAUGCUAUCUGGAGAGACGGCCAAAGGCCUGUUUCCUGUGGAGGCUGUCGCAAUGAUGCACUCGAUCUGCAGGGAGGCGGAGGCAGCCAUUUUCCACCAGCAGCUUUUUGAGGAGCUACGUCGUCUGACCCCGCUGUCCUCUGACCCAACAGAGGUCACGGCCAUCGGAGCGGUGGAGUCCUCCUUCAAA